AUGUUCGUUAAUAAUUCUUGUCUGCCAAAUAGUAUGAAUUGUAUAAUAGCACCAUUAAAUGGAGUUGGAGGUGUAUAUUUAGGAAAUCUAGAUGCUGCUUAAAAUUCAGAGCUUUUAUCAAAAUAUUAAAUAGGUGCAGUACUUUCUGUGAUAGAUUAAUCAAUUUAAAUAAGAGGGGCUUAAAAAUUGGUAUAUUCUAUAUAAUAACAAAAUUAGUGGAUAAUGGCUGAUGAUUGUGAAGAUUUCCCUUUACAUAAAUAUUUUGAUCAAGCUAUUAAAUUUAUAGAUAAUCAUUCUCUUAAAACCAAUAUAUUGAUUCAUUGUUAUGCUGGAAUUUCAAGAUCUGCUGCAAUUUGUGCUGUAUAUAUGAUGCAAAAAUAUAAAUGGAAUUUGAAUUAAACUCUUAGACAUAUUUAAUAAAGAAGAAGAUUCAUAAAUCCAAAUCCAGGUUUCAUUAAAUAAUUACAAGAUUAUGAAUAAAAAAUUAAACCAAAAUAAUAAAGGAAGAAUGGUUCAGUUGAAAUGAAUAUUAAUGAAAAAUCUAGACAUAGUUCUGUUGGUUAUGAUGGAAACAUUAUCAACUAAAAUGGAGUUAAUUCAAUUAAUAAAUAAAUAUUAAGUCAAACAAUGUAGCAAAAUUAAAGAGAUAGACUAAGUGACUUUAAUAUUAAAUUAAAUUCUUAUAUGCAUUAAUGGAAAAUAAGAGAAAGAGCUCAUUGA